AUGGUCGGGUCUUCGCUUGGUUAUGAUCCUCCAGCCAAGCGCGACGAAAUAUUUCAUCGGCUCUCGCGUUUUAUCCUUGUCUACAAGUCCCCUCUGGAAGAGGGUGAAGCUCAGAAGCUUGUCGCAUACUCUACGUUUCGAUUCGACCGUGAAGACGAGGACAAUGUGGUUUAUUGCUACGAACUGCAGGUCGAUGAAAUUAUGCGCGGUGUGGGAAUCGGGCGCAAAUUGAUGGGUUGCCUGGAGUCCGUCGCAGAAGCCUACGGGAUGGAUAAAGUCAUGCUGACGAAUUUAGCCAAUGAGAAGGCCUUUCGGUUCUACAUGCAAUGCGGCUUCAAAGUCGAUGAAUCAUCCCCGUCUCUUUACGGUGAAGAAGUAGACUACGAGAUAUUGUCCAAGGUUGUAUCUGGCGCUGAUUUAUGA